UCCUCCUUCCUCUGCAGACUAGCCACUCCUCCUUCCUCUCUCCCAGCCUGCUGACGAGAAAAGCUCUCAGCUGGUGUGACGGCGGGUUAUGAAAGAGCAGAGCGGCAGGUGAGCGUGUGUGCAGCUGGACGGAGACUCGGUGAGGCGAUGCAGUUCGGCUGGAGGAUCGCCGUGAUGCUGCUGCUGCUGCCAGCUGUGUGUGAGGCUCAGAGCGGAGAUGGAGACACCGACAUGGAGCCCAGAAUCAGCUGCACAUCUCACAUCAUGGUAGAAAGAUGCAAUUUGACCUGCAAGCUGGCUGAAGGCAGAAAUGAUGACGAGGACGAUGAAGACGGUGGAGGUGAUGGAGGCGACAGCAUUGAGAGGAUGACCCUGUGCUACCUUGAUUAUGACAUCAGCGUAAAGAAGAAGUGCUUGGAGACAUCCAGUGACACAUUCAGCUCCCCAGACCUGAAGCCCUUGUCGGAACUCAGUCUGACCGUCCAGUUAAAGAGUGGUGUCAACAUUUCACAAACACUCUACCUGAAGAACAUAGUUAAACCAAUGAGUCCUCAGGUGUUUAACAUCACCUUCCAAGAAGAGUCUAACGAGGCUAAGAUUUGGAUUCAGAUUCCGUACCACAAAGACUACCUGAAAGUGGACAACCAGGAAUUCCAGUUUAGGAUCGAGACAGCUGAGAAAACCCUGACUGAGAACACCUCAUCCCAGGACUUCAUAAAAAUUAACUUUGAACCCUUUGAAAAAGGCUCAAAGUGUUCCGUUAAAGUGCGAGCGCGAACACUCCCAAAGACUUUUCAGGGCACGUGGAGCGAGUGGAGUGAAACGUUCACUUUCCUUACCCCUGAAAACCCCCAGAAGCAGACCAGUGGAGUACAGGUGGAAGUGUACCAAGUCGGAGUGUGUCUGGUCUCUGUGCUGGUGGUGACCUUUAGUAUCAUCGUCCUCUGGAAAAACAAGAUAUUUACCUACAUGUGGCCAAGCAUCCCGCAUCCUAAACAGACUCUGGUGCAGAUCUGCAAGCCAAACAAUCCUCUGUUGCUGACCUUCAGACCUGAGGUGUUCAGUGAUCUCAAAGUCUACCCUGUGAAGACGACAGCAUGUGAGGAAACAGAGCCUGCGAUCAGUCCUGCAUCUGCUGCUGCUUACAGCGCUCAGUCGAGGGAACCUUGCUCCACCGAGAGCUCAGAUUGCAGGAGUACUGCCAGCGCCAGCACCGAGGAGCUGGAGAUCUCUGCCUUGUUGAGCAGGAGCUCGUCUGAAGCAGAGGACAGCCUGUCGAGCAGCAGUCCGUCCCCCGUUCACAUCCUCCAGCUUGGGGAGAGACCCGAGCAGCCUGAGCAACAAGUUGAAGGCAAUGAGUUUGAGGUGUUUGGAGUGAAUCGGCAGGAGGAGGCUUACGUCACCAUGUCCAGCUUCUAUAAGAUCAAGUAGGUGAUGCAUUGGUGAGCUAACAGGAUCAGAGACUGUACUUAUCAAACUUCAGGAUGCUCUAAAGCAAAGAGCUUCCAACUUCGCGAGGUCUUCAGAACAAAGUGAAAGAACAGGAAGACAAACAUGCUGCCUUUUAGUCCGGAUGUGCCUAUCUACCACUUAUAUUUUACCUGGAUUUCAAUGACACUGGACCUCUGUCCAGAGGAUGAAACCUCUGGCAUUCAUUACCAAAAGAAAAAUCACUGAAUGGAGUGCUGAAGUUUGUUUCACUUUACAGAAAUCAAGCUUUUACUGGUGAAGCAUCUCAUCUGGAUUCCCAUUUGCGCAUAAACCUAGGAGGAUAAAUUCCUUCAAGUUUUGUGAUCCUUUGACAUUUAUUUUAACUCCAUCUUGGCAUUUUGUAGCAAAUAUACACAAGAAUUACUCAGUUUCUGCUAUGACGUUUGGUUCAGACAUUCCCAUCAGGAUGAACUGUGAUAACAUUUAUUAAUUUCACACCAUCGUCAUUCAUUAUGUUACACAUCCAUCACUUCGUCUCAGCUGCACUCUGAGUUUAGCAGAGUUUUUUAAGCAUAGCAGCCUCAACAAGCUGCUAACAUGAGUGGAGACUCUUAUUCCCCAUUGCCACUAAAGUGGAAUGGGUUCUUUUUCUGAUUUAUGAACAUAUUUUUGCAUCUUUUGCACCAGCAUUUUAACUCAAAAUAAAUCGGCUCAUCUUUGUAUAGAAGCUGGCUCCCAGCUGGGACUUUAGAAAAAGGUUUUGAAGUGCUAGCCGUGAUAGGAUUAGCGGGAGUGUCACAUUUUACAGGCUGUAAAGCGAGAAUAGACAACACCUUAUGUUAGAACCCUUAAAUCCUUAGUUGGAAAUUCAAUUCAGUUUUAUUUAUAUAGUGCCAAAUCACAACCUUAAGAUCACCUGAAGGUGUUUAAUAUUGUAAUGUAAAGGCCCUACAAUGGUACAGAAAAAAACAACAACAAUCAAACAACCCUAUGAGCAGGCAUUUGGUGACAGUGGGAAGAAAACCUCCCUUUUCAUAAGAGGGAACCUCAGCAGAAUCAGGCUCAAGUGCCGCCAUCUGCUGCGACCGGUUGGGGGUGAGGGGAGUCUCCAUCAGUGACUCUUUUCAAAAAAUUCACCAACGUGUAAAUUUGUACUCACUUUGGUGUUUCUCUCUGUUCCUGAGUCAUUUUCUUGGACAGUCAGCCAUCAACAAGCUUGCUAAGAAAAAAACAGAAAAAAAUUCGUUUUAUGCAGUGGAGCUGCUCGAAGCUCAUAUUCAAAGACAGCAAAACAUAGCGUGUGGUUAAUUUUUGUGACUCAUAAACCAAAAAACAUUUGAGACAACUAAAGUAACGAUGUGUUACACGUUAUUCUACCAACAUGAACUUAGUUUGUCUCUGCUCAUUUAUAAUCAGUUUUAUUUUAAUAUGUUUAGUCACUGCUGUUAUUUUGAAAGACUUCAUUGUGAUCAAGGAAAUCUCGGCAGAAAUGUGAUAAAUUGGCUGUUAUUCUUGUGCUUGUACCAACAGAUUUAUUUAGCUUUAAUCUUUCACUUGAACCCAAAAUGUAGCUUUGAGUAGAGCAGGCUGUUGACCUGCAGCUCUGAAAUAUAGGAUUUAUUUUGUUGCUUUGAGGCCAACUGUGUUUUCAUACAUGUUUUUACUGACAUACCUCCACAUGUAGUCAUUUGUCGUUGGAGGAAUCAUAUAUACCUGUGUUUUUGCCUGUUUUACUACAUAUCAUAGAAUAGUAGUUUUCAGAUAAAACUACCUCCCAGGCAGCCCAGCGUCUAAAUGAUCACUUCAUCUUUUAAUUCAGCAUUAUGGAUCGUGUUGGCUGCCUGGGAGGUGGUGAACAGCUUCAGUUGACAGAUGAAUGACAAAUGAAAGUUAACUUGAUAUUUAAGAGUGUGGCUCACCUAAAGAAACCCUUUAAACCUCUAAAGUACAUCUAUAUUGACCCAGUGUACUACCUAAAUGGCCAAAACACCCAAAUGAAAGAGCCUUCAAAGCACCUAACUGGUUGCUAGAUCAAAGCUCCUACUUUACCCAUCUAAAGGGCCACAAGAAAUAACUAAAAUAUUACUAGAAGCUCGUACUGGAGGCCAUUAAAACCACAUAAAACAUCCCUGAUACCUCCUGUGUAACCACAAUCCCCGUAAAUGAACCUGAGUACAUUCUCAGUGUCCAAAAGGAGCCACUACAAUUAACCAAGGAACCACAAAGAGACCUAUAGAGCCCUAUAAAGAAGAACCACCUAAACGAUCUGUGGAACAUUUUUAUCGGUUAAAAGGACCUGUAAGAUCUCUACAACCUAAACUUUGAGUCACAUGACCACAACCUGAAGGACUCUUGGGACCUGCUUUUUAUUCUCCAGGUGUUGUAGAAAUGAAUUUAAUUAAACUCCGGCUCAUGGAUUUACUCAUAAAUUCUCAGUGCUCCACCUCACAAAAACCACAGUCUGGUAUAAGAAGACCUGCAUAUCAGAUUUUUCAGUUUGUCACCAUCUGUGUUUUAUUUUUUUCUCAUUCCUGAACCAAAAGAUUGAACAACAUCAGUGAGGUCAUUUAAAGCUGCUUGUAUUUAAACUCAUCUGCACUUCAACUCUUUGGGAACUAAAACUCAUGCUGCAGCGUUCACCAUGCAGGUCAAACAGGAUCACAUGUAAAGCCUCCUAAAGCUCGUCUGAAUCACAGUACAACACCCAAAGCUGAGGGUUACUUAGAAGUUACCAUGUUUUUGAAGGAAAAGCUAAUUUGCUUUAAUUUAUAGUUAAAGUGAACAUAAAUAAUAACUAACUAAAUCAUGAAACGUAAAUUUGUCUUGGAAUAUCUACAUCAGACACAAGAAUGAAGAAGUUUAUCACAUUAAAAGGCUGACUCAUUGUUAGAAAAACCCUCCAAUCAUGUUAGUAAAGGUGCUGUACUAAUUAAGUAGUUACACACUGGCAAUCUCCUGACAUCUUCAGGCCACUAGGCAAAAAUGUGCAUACUCACUUGUUUGGCAAGUGGUUGCUAGCUGUUGCUGGGUGAAAUCAACUGCAUGGUUGCACUAUGUCAUUGCUUUGGUCACUAGCAGGCUGCUACGGUCGCCUGCAGUUUGCAUGGAAGACACAGACUUGUCUGCAAACACUUUUCAACUGCUUUCUGAGUGGAAAUGAAAAUGAAGUCAGACACAAACUGCAAACGGUGAAUGUUUGAAUUCAGAGUAAAAGUUGUGCCUCAAUUAACACAUUUCAAAAGGCACAUCUUUUAUUUUGAAGGGAAACUUGCUCUGUUUCCAGUUUGUGUCUGACUUUUUUACAGUUUUACUUCCACUCGGCAAGUAGUUAGUAAAUGUUUGCAGAGAAGUCAGCAGCCUCCAUGCAAAGUGAGGCGGCCGCGAUAAUCUGCAAGUGACCAAAGCCACAGUCACAAUCAGCAACCUUCAGCAGCUGCUCACCAACCGGGCAGGAAAUACACACUUUUCACCAGCAGCCGCUGGUUGACAGUGAGUCACUCACUGGUCUCUAGGCCUGUAUGACUGUGGCUUUAGUUUCAGAGCAACUGCCAGCAACCAACAGCAACCACUUGCCAGCCGGCUGGGGAAUACACCUUUUUCUCCUAGCAACCCGUGGUUGCCGGGGGCCGGCCACCGACCGGUCUUAGCAGUGCUCUCUUGAGAGUAAUACACACCAGUGUUAUUUUGUUUGUUUUCUUCUUGUGGCUGCAAGGCAUCAUCUUCAUUUCUUAGAACACGAACACAGCCUGAACACCACAGCCAUUUUAAAGCUUCACAUCUACACAGAAAUUCUCCAGAGAUGCAACUCGCCAGAUUUAGUACACCUAUAAUCAGUAUAGCAGUUUUUAGGUGUGCCAUCAUGGUGGGAAAAGGUUUUUCUAAUAAUCAAUAAGCCUCUUAAUAUUAUCAAACUCCAUUCGAGAACAUCACGUACCAUUAGAAAAUAGAUGAUUGCUUUACAUGGGCCUCUUUACACAUACAUAGAUAUUCCAUUAAAAGAAUGAUUAGUUAGAUAGCAAUCACUUAAUUAAUCAUUAUUUCUAUUUAACAUCCAUUUAUGACUCUCUCAAUCAGCUUUUCCUUCUGAAAACAUGACAUUUCAAAGUGAUCUCCAACUUCUGAGCAGUCGUGUACGUCAAGUCCACGCACGCUCAGCUGUCUGUAGGCGGGUUGUGGAUGCGUUGCUGUAGCAACUGUUUCUGUUUGUAGUCAUGGAGAUGCUAAACCCAAUGCUGCUGCUUCAAUAUCUGACACAACCGACCUCACAAUGGCUGAAACAAAAACAGGAAUGUACGCUUUGUACUCAGAAACAAGAAGUCUGUAAUCUGUACUAAAUACAACGUAAAUACUUUAUGGAAAUGUCUAAAUGUACUUGUGUUGAUGUAAUGUGGAAUUGUUUUUAUUUAAUCACAAUGCAUAUCAGUGUAUAUUGUAAUAAAGUGGAAAAUGAAA